UAGUCACACCGCCAUCUCUCAUCUUUCCGCUCUUAGCUGGGAGUGCUCCGCCUAGUCACUUUUCUUAAGGUGGCUCGUCGAGGCCUGACUUCUUCCCCGAAAUCACGUCCCUAGACAGCCUCCUAUUUUACCACUAACUUUACUACUGCAGUUAGUCAGCGGUAGGAAACUGAAACCAAAAACCAGUGUAAGCAAAUAAACAUCUAAACUGUUUCAGGAGCCGCGUAGAAGGAACGCGGCGGUGUGCCCCGGAAGCGGAAGUGGAUCGUCCUAUAGAAAGGGUGGACUACGCGGAGUGGUGACGUUUCCUCAUUGGGCGGAAGGUUCGGUGGCACUCCGUCGGUCUUCCAGCUGGUGGGAGUUGGCGACGCGGGGCUGGGCGUUGGGACCCUGUUUUAUCUAGUUCGGGAAGUUGGGUUGUGGGGUCAUACCUGUCUGUCUGCUCCCAGCUUUCUUGGGUUUCUUCCGACGGCGUGGGGCCUCGCUAAGGAAUUCCCGGCCCCUUAGGGCCGCGGCUUUAGCGGUGUCUUUUGCGAGUUCUUCGUAAGUACAUCUUAAAGCUGUCAAGAUGGUUCUAGCAGACCUUGGAAGAAAAAUAACAUCAGCAUUACGCUCGUUGAGCAAUGCUACCAUUAUCAAUGAAGAGGUAUUGAAUGCUAUGCUAAAAGAAGUCUGUACUGCUUUGUUGGAAGCAGAUGUUAAUAUUAAACUAGUGAAGCAACUCAGAGAAAAUGUUAAGUCUGCUAUUGAUCUUGAAGAGAUGGCAUCUGGUCUUAACAAAAGAAAAAUGAUUCAGCAUGCUGUAUUUAAAGAACUUGUGAAGCUUGUAGACCCUGGAGUUAAGGCAUGGACACCCACUAAAGGAAAACAAAAUGUGAUUAUGUUUGUUGGAUUGCAAGGGAGUGGUAAAACAACAACAUGUUCAAAGCUAGCAUAUUAUUACCAGAGGAAAGGUUGGAAGACCUGUUUAAUAUGUGCAGACACAUUCAGAGCAGGGGCUUUUGACCAACUAAAACAGAAUGCUACCAAAGCAAGAAUUCCAUUUUAUGGAAGCUAUACAGAAAUGGAUCCUGUCAUCAUUGCUUCUGAAGGAGUAGAGAAAUUUAAAAAUGAAAAUUUUGAAAUUAUUAUUGUUGAUACAAGUGGCCGCCACAAACAAGAAGACUCUUUGUUUGAAGAAAUGCUUCAAGUUGCUAAUGCUAUACAACCUGAUAACAUUGUUUAUGUGAUGGAUGCCUCCAUUGGGCAGGCUUGUGAAGCCCAGGCUAAGGCUUUUAAAGAUAAAGUAGAUGUAGCCUCAGUAAUAGUGACAAAACUUGAUGGCCAUGCAAAAGGAGGUGGUGCGCUCAGUGCAGUCGCUGCCACAAAAAGUCCGAUUAUUUUCAUUGGUACAGGGGAACAUAUAGAUGACUUUGAACCUUUCAAAACACAGCCUUUUAUUAGCAAACUUCUUGGUAUGGGCGACAUUGAAGGACUGAUAGAUAAAGUCAACGAGUUGAAGUUGGAUGACAACGAAGCACUUAUAGAGAAGUUGAAACAUGGUCAGUUUACGUUGCGAGACAUGUAUGAGCAAUUUCAAAAUAUCAUGAAAAUGGGCCCCUUCAGUCAGAUCUUGGGGAUGAUCCCUGGUUUUGGAACAGAUUUUAUGAGCAAAGGAAAUGAACAGGAGUCAAUGGCAAGGCUAAAGAAAUUAAUGACAAUAAUGGAUAGUAUGAAUGAUCAAGAACUAGACAGUACGGAUGGUGCCAAAGUUUUUAGUAAACAACCAGGAAGAAUCCAAAGAGUAGCAAGAGGAUCGGGUGUAUCAACAAGAGAUGUUCAAGAACUUUUGACACAAUAUACCAAGUUUGCACAGAUGGUAAAAAAGAUGGGAGGUAUCAAAGGACUUUUCAAAGGUGGCGACAUGUCUAAGAAUGUGAGCCAGUCACAGAUGGCAAAAUUGAACCAACAAAUGGCCAAAAUGAUGGAUCCUAGAGUUCUUCAUCACAUGGUGUGUGACUUCCUUGGAGAGAAGAUUGCAUCUGUUUUGGGUAUCAGCACCCCAAAGUACCAAUAUGCCAUUGAUGAAUAUUAUCGGAUGAAGAAGGAGGAAGAAGAAGAAGAAGAAGAAAACAGGAUGUCUGAAGAAGCAGAAAGACAAUAUCAACAGAAUAAAUUGCAGACUGAUUCCAUUGUUCAGACAGAUCAACCAGAGACAGUGAUAUCCAGCUCAUUUGUGAAUGUCAAUUUUGAAAUGGAGGCAGACAGUGAAUUAAUUAUGGAAAGCAAGCAAAAUCCAGUCUCUGUCCCACCAUAAAAUGAAAUGACUAUCAAGCUUCAAACUCUUAAGUUUUUUUUUUUAAUACAAAAACUUUCACAUUCUUUAUUCAGUGGGACUUAAUACAAUUAUUUAUAUUUUAAAUUAUUAAACUAUCUGGAAAGGGAAAAUGUUUUCUUCAUUUUUAGGAUCUAUCUAGCAAAAGCCAGAUCUGAAAUUCAGAUAUUUGUACUGUUUUUACUGUGUAUAGAAUUAGUGCUUUGGUUUUAAAAUGAUCUUUUAAAAAAGUUAAGGACAUCCUAGAGCCUUAAUAGUUAAGAAGAGUUAAAUUAUCAAGCCUAUUUGUGCAUUUGCUUUUUUUAAAAAAGGUAAGUUGCUGAUUAAGUCUAAUUGGAAUUGAUAAUUCCAUAGUCUUAGAUUAAAAUGAGGAUAUUUUCUCCUAGAUUUUCUCAUGUUAUGCCAUGCAUUUAUAUAUCUAACCAUUAAUUUCACACUAAGGAUGCUUCACCAUAUAAUAAAAGGAACAAGAUGGAAGCACUUUGAAUUUUCUUUCAUUGAGAAUAAUUGUUUUAUGUAAGAAUCUGAAUUUAUAACACCAGAUAUUAAGAUAGGCUUCCAUUUUUUAAUGCAAGCCACUUAAUCUUGUAUUCUUUUUCAGGACUCAAAUAACUAGCUUUGAACAUAAUAUUAAAACACUACUUAUAGAAUAGAUUUAUUAAUAUUAAUACCUAGUGAAUAUCCAUGUGGCAUCCUGGUUAUCUGUUCAGCGUUAAUCCUAUAGAAAAGUGGUUUGGAGGGGAUUGGGGGAUAGUGGGACAGGUAUAGAUUUAAUCCAUCAGGAGCAAUUAGAUAUUGUAUAAGGUGCAAUGAUAGCCUAAUGAAAUUACCCGUCAUUCAUCAUUUAGAAGUAGCAACAGUGAAGACUGGACAGUUUACUUGAAUCUGGUUGGAGGUUAUUUGUAAACCUUAUAAAUGUAUAUAUUGUGAAGCUAAUUUUGAAAAUAUUCCUAAAUAUGGCCAGGUACGGUGCUCACACCUGUAAUCCCAGCACUUUGGGAGGCUGAAGUGGGCAGAUUACUUGAGGUCAGGAGUUUGAGACCAGCCUGGCCAACGUAGUGAAACCCCGUCUCUACAAAAAUACAAAAAUUAGCCGGGCAUGGUGGUGCAUGUCUGUAAUCCUAGCUGCUCGGGAGGCUGAGGCAGGAGAAUCACUUGAACCAGGGAGGUGGAGGUUGCAGUGAGCCGAGAUUGCACCACUGCAGUCCAGCCUGGGACAGAGUGAGACUCCAUCUUGGGGGGAAAAAAAAUACACACACACACACACACACACACACAAACACACACACAUACACACAUAUUUCUAAAUAUGUGUAUAGAACCUUUUAUCAGUAUAACAUUGAUUUAUAAUUAAAUGUGGAUGAGGAAGAAUGUGUGGAGUGUUUCAGAAAUUUUGAUCUUAAAAGCCUUUUCAGAAACUCAAAGCUUUCAGAAAUUGUUAUAUUAAUAGCCUUCUAAACAGCAUUAAGUUUUCAAUCUUAAUAUAGCUAUAUAAAAUAUAGUGUCAAAGAAAGUAACAUCAAUCUGGUGGGUCUGUAAUGGAAAUCUGUCAAUGAACAUGAACUGAGUUCUUCAACUACAGGUUGAAGGAUAAUUAAACUUUUCAUUAGGAGUGUUCAGCUACGUGGAUUCAUGGAAUGGUGGUUCAUAGUAAGUGAUGGUAAUCUUUUUAUUCAUGGGUGUAAACCCUUUAUAACUUAGUGCUUAAAAUAUUAAUCUUUUGAUUAUAUAAUGUCCCAUGAAUUACAGUUUACCAAUAGUUCUAAAACAUGCUAACCUGACCUUUUCCUUCUAAUUUAACUUCAUUCGAGAUAGUACCUCUCACUCACAGAUAUUUAUUUGGUUAUCAAGUGAAGAUAGGUGUGUCUAAAAGUGAUCUUCUGAAUCCUGUCUCCCUAGAGAUACUAGUGUCUAGAGUUUACCCAGAAAAGUUUAUGAUUGUAACAAAAGGAAGUAGUGACUUAUGAAGGUUUUGUUUCUUGAAUUUUACUUUUGCUACUUGUCCAAUAGUGGCUAGUUUGUUUAUCAGUAGUUAUUCACUAUGCCUUAAGUUUAUACUUUGUUUAUGCAAACUAUAAAAUUUCCCAUAAAUGUA